GACAAAGACCUUGCCAUGGCCUGAAGGGGCACCACCCAGCUGCCUUCCAAGCAGGUUGCCUGAGAUCCCUUAGGGAUCAUGGCCAUGCGCGGAGGACCCUUCCUCGAUACGGGCAAGGAUGCGAGACCGCCCACCAGAAAAAUGAGCGCAUCGUCAUUGGAGGAUUUUUCCUCCUCCCGCGCCUUAGAAGACGCGCCUGAAACGCGCCGGCCUCGUCUGAAGCGGGCGGACACCUGGGCUGCCGCUCCCAGAGCAAAGCCCACCGUGCCGAAGCUUCAGCUGCCGGGGCUGCCGGGCACCGGGCGGCCCAGACCCAAGACUGCUACGGAAGCUUCAGAGAAAGACACUGCGAAAUUGUUGGAAGAAGUGCAAGCUAUGCAGGCUGCGCUGAAACAAGAAGAGGACCAGGUCUCACGCUUGCGUGAAGCCUUGUCUGAGAAGGAUACGAACGCCAGCAGCUCGGACAACAAGGAAGCCGGGACCCUGGCACCCAAGGCAAAGAAGAAAGGCGGCAUCCUUCCAUCCUGGAUGCGGAAUAUCAUUGACAAGGCGAAUCAGUUGAUGAAGCCUGCGGCAACGGAGUUCUUCCCUGACAAGCCAUACUCGCAGCAACGCUUCGUGGUCGAAACUGUGGAGAGUCCUGGAACAGGUGCUGGUGGCGCAGGUGGUCAGAUUCGUCGGACCUCCUUCGUUCGCCGCAACUCCUUCCGGGCCAGCUCCUCCGGGAGACUCACCAAGAGCCGUACGAUUGGGAAUCUGGAGUCUCUGGACCAUUCCGUCUCACAGGCAAGCCUGUUGAGUGACGCCAAGGAAAGAAGGCGCAAUUCUUCAGUUCCAGCUCACAUGGCUCACAUGGCCCGUGUGCAGAAUAGUAUGGACAGCGAGGACCCCAGAACCAGCCGCACCGGAGACAGUUCGCCGAAAGAUACUGGGAGGCGGACUCGCAAGACGAGAAGACACAGUGAAGUGAGACCAUUUUGAGAUAGACUUUACUUGGAUUUGCUGAAGAAAAAUGAUGAUGG